AUGAGCUCUCCAGCCCAAAUGCUCAAGAGCGUGCUCGUUCUGCAGCUUGAGGCCGUGAAGACGCUAGUGAUCGAGUAUCAUCAACAGACAGAAGCUUACGUACAACAAUUUGGCCACCUACCACUAUCUCAUGAUCCCAUGGACGCCGCCCACGAUGCCCGCAUUGCAUUGCGUACGUUGCCAGCUUUGGCCGAAAGUUGUGUCGUCUCGGAAGUCAUUUUAAUGGCUACCAAGAAACAUUGUGGGGGUGAUAUGUGUGCCACAUCAGCUGACCAUUUAGAAAGUUUUCUAACUAUCAGUCGAAAAGAUGUCAAGACUGUAGAGGAUCGAGUACAUGCGCUGUUCGUACUGGACGCGAGUUUAACUCAUGCGCAGCUCAAGAAAGAGAUGCAAUCGAGAUUCGAGGGAAAAAGGGGCUACGAUUUGCUUGUGGAGUGGCUCGCCGUGAGCUGCAGCUAUAAGGAUGAAAUGUCUAAAGCUUUUACCGAGUUGUUACUACUGAUGCUCAAGAAAAACGUCCCUACUAUGUCGUUCACGACCAAGACGAUGAUCAAGAGUUUGACGCAAUACAAAAAAGUCAUGAAGGGCAAAAAGAACAAGAUACUUUUGCAGGUUGUUGUCGAUCAAUACCGCGAGAAAAUCAACUCGUAG